CUCUUAAAUAAACCCUAGAAACCAUGUCUCGAGAGCUAGGAUUGUUCCUUUCAUCGGGUGAUAUCUCUCUGGCGUUCCCCCUAGGCACACGCUUUUUGGUUGUUGUUUCAUGAGUCCUCAAGUCAGCUUUUGGCUUGCUGGUACUCGAACACGGGGGAGAUGUGCCAGGACGUUGUAAUUUCCUCUCAGAACGAGAACCUUUUUUUCGUCUCAACCAAGGGCUUAGUUUCUGGUAAUUUCUCUACAAGUACGGUACCUUUUUGUGGCUUCUGUGACAAAUGGUGGCGGUUUUGAGGUUUUGAUGACCCCCAUACCGGCGAGUUGCUCAUGGUGUGAACAGGGGUGAUGAACCGACCUUUAUUUUCUCUACUGUAAUUGUGCUCCAGCAGU